UCUUGCUUUAUUCCCAAAAAAAAUCGUUCUCUGGUCUUCUUCUUUCUUUUUAAGGAAAGAGAGUAUGAACAUCUGCCGGAAUAUCUCUGUUUCAGGUGGGAUUCCGGCCAAUUACAAGCCGGAGCAACAGCUUCUAUCUCCAUCAUGCUCCAAACUUGGCAGCCUCGACGACCUCUUCUCCGGCCACUCCAUGGAAGAAGGGGAUUUCAACACGGAAUGGCUGUCAAUUUUUGUGGAGGAAUGUUUGUCAAGCAGUGGAAGCUAUAUGCCAUUAAAUCCCCAGAGUACAACUUCCAAUGCACAAGUUACAAACACAACAACAGCAGAAACCGAGGUGAAAAUGAAAAUGAAAAUGAAACCCCAUUCGGGAAACUAUCUUUCCAUGCAUAAACUCGUUGUACCAUGCAAAGCAAGAAGCAAAAGAAAGAGAAAAAGUACAAGUCGAUUAUGCAUGUCUCAAGAAGAGUACCCCAUGAACACAGAUCCUCCUUUGCUCCAUCAAGCUUACUGGUUAGCAGACAGCGAGCUGAUUUUACCCAACAAAGGUACAAGUGAUAACAGCACAAGAAGUGAAGAUUACGGGCAGGGAAGGUACAAGGAGAUGAAGCAUGAAGAAGAAGAGGGCAGCAGCGGCGGGCAGGGGAGGAGGUGUAGGCAUUGUCUUUCGCAAAGAACCCCACAGUGGCGGGCAGGACCAGAAGGGCCAAAGACGCUGUGUAAUGCAUGUGGGGUAAGGUACAAGUCGGGCAGGCUGCUGCCCGAAUAUAGACCAGCAAAGAGUCCGAGUUUUGUGAGUUAUAAACACUCGAAUUCUCACAAGAAAGUGUUGGAGAUGAGAAUGUGUUCUUGAUGAAAAGAAUUGAUUUUUAGAUUUUCUAGUUUUUGUUUAUGAGGAAUUAAUCAAAACCCAUGUUGUAAAAGUAAAAAUUUCAAAUCUUUAGGAUUUGAAUGUGAAUUUGAUUAAUUAGUUAUUCCUUUUUACCUAAA